AUGCUUUCAACGCCAAAGAUCUCUUUCAUUGAAGAGACCGAUGUUAAGUUAAAAACUCGAUUUCAAGGCCAGGUUUUAGUUUUAUACGCGAAAGUACCAUUACUUUUGGAUUCGUUAUUGAGUAGUCUUCGUGAAGCAUGUAAACAAUCAUCGAGUCAACCGAUUACCGUCAAGUGGAUCGACGAUGAAGGUGAUCCAUGCACAAUAUCUUCUCAGCGGGAAUUGGAUGAAGCAAUACGUCUUCUAAAUAUGAAUGGAGAUGCUGAACUGAAUGUUCAUGUAUUUCUUGGAGUUCCAGCACUUCCCGGAUUGCCAUGUUCUGGUGAAGAUAAAACGGUAUAUAGGCGAGGAGCUCGUCGAUGGAAGAAAUUUUAUCAUGUAAACGGUCAUAGAUUUCAAGCGAAACGAUUAAAUCGGAGAAUGCAAUGUUUUUUCUGCAAUGAUUACAUUUGGGGACUUGGCCGACAAGGUUAUCGAUGCGCAGACUGCAGAUUAUGUGUUCAUAAAAAAUGUCAUCGAGCUGUUCGGCAACCAUGUGGUGAUCAUUCAUUUGGAUCAACUACUACUCCUUCUCCUUCAGUGGCUUAUAUUGCACCGCGAAUCAAUGGUUCUGGUGGGCUUAAUGUUGGUUUUGAUAACUGUGCUUUUAAAGAAUCGGAAAUUGAGGCAGAUCAUUCGCUUAAGCGUGGUCAUAUGGGAAAUGAUUAUCACAUGGUUAUAUCCAACCUAGGACAAGAAUCGAAACCAGCUGUAUCACUUGAUGAUUUUAAUUUGUUAACAGUUAUUGGGAGAGGCUCAUAUGCAAAAGUUGUGCAAGCAGAACAUAAGAAGACUAAAGCGGUUUAUGCCAUAAAAAUAAUCAAAAAACAAAUGUUCAAUGACGAUGAAGACAUCGAUUGGGUUCAAACAGAAAAAUCUGUAUUUGAAACUGCGUCAAAUCAUCCAUUUCUAGUAGGAUUGCAUUCUUGUUUCCAGACUGAUUCACGUCUUUUUUUUGUGAUCGAAUUUGUUCCUGGUGGAGAUUUGAUGUUCCACAUGCAAAGGCAACGAAAGCUUCCUGAGGAUCAUGCAAGGUUUUAUUCGGCGGAGAUUAUACUUGCACUACACUUUUUGCAUUCGCGUGGCAUCAUUUAUCGUGACUUAAAGUUGGAUAAUGUUUUGAUAGAUGCUGAAGGGCAUAUUAAGCUUACAGAUUAUGGAAUGUGCAAGGAAAAUAUUGGUCCGAAUGGUGUAACGAGUACUUUUUGCGGCACACCUAAUUAUAUUGCUCCAGAGAUACUAAGAGGAGAAGAUUACGGUUCAUUUAUAAAUGGAUUCAGUGUAGACUGGUGGGCGCUUGGAGUAUUAAUGUAUGAAAUGAUGGCUGGUCGAUCACCAUUUGAUGUUGUUGGAAUGGUUAACGAAGUUGAUCAGAAUACUGAAGAUUAUCUUUUCCAAAUAAUUCUCGAGAAACAAAUACGUAUUCCACGAUCGCUUUCAGUUAAAGCAGCAACAAUUCUCAAAGGAUUCUUGAAUAAGGAGCCAACUGAGAGGUUGGGUUGUUGUAGUGAUAUCGAUGAAGCACUGGAUGAUAUGAAAACGCAUCCUUUUUUCCGAAAUAAUAUCGAUUGGGAGUUGCUUGAAGCGCGUCAGGUGACUCCACCAUAUAAUCCUUCAGUAUCCUCAGAUCGAGAUCUUCAACAUUUCGAUACAACGUUCACAGAUGAAGCUCCAGCAUUAACUCCGGAUGAUCCACAAGUUAUUGAACGUAUCGAUCAAUCGGAGUUCGAAGGAUUUGAAUAUAUCAAUCCUUUGCUAAUGUCAAAAGAAGAUAGCGUAUGA